GUGUCAAUGCCAUGCUCAGGAAGGUGGCGGUGGCUGCCGCCUCCAAACCCCACGUGGAGAUCCGCCAGGAUGGGGACCAGUUCUACAUCAAAACUUCCACCACUGUCCGCACCACUGAGAUCAGCUUCAAAAUCGGGGAGAGCUUUGAAGAGGAGACGGUGGAUGGACGAAAGU